AUGUCCACGACGCGGCUGCGGCCUUUUCCCGAGGCUCCGCCUGUCCGUCGAGCCACACGUUUUUCAUGCGGAAAUACGCGGCCGCCACUACGAGCAACAUCCUGCGGCUUCCCCCGUCACCUAUACAUACAAAUGUUCGCAUUUUCGAUUUUUGAAAGGAAAUUGUGAGUGCUUCCUGACUUUCUGAACACUCAUCUGCUUUUUCUACACUUUUAUCAGUAAUGAGAUAUUUUUCUUCCAGGAAAUAGAUUGACUUUUCAUUCGAAGAUAACGCUUUGGAAUAUGUUCAGAACGCUACUCAAUGAGAAAACAGUAGGAAUAAGCUCGUUGGGUGGAGUUUUUUCGAUAGAAAAUCAUAUAAUGUUAAUCAUUUACAGCGUUUUAUCGCUGGUUUGAGACAACGUUUUAAAAAGAAUAUAAAAACGGGUUGCAGAAAAGGUUUGAUGAGGCCUUUGAUGUACUUUUCGCCCCAAACUAGCGGUGAAUAGAGUAUAAAACUUCUUGGUUCACAUAAUGAAAAAAAAGAAAAUAGCGCAGUUUAACCUUUUUAAGCUACGAAAUAUAAGAUCAUGACAUUCAUUAGGACAAAAAAUAAAGUGAAUCUUUGAAAGUUAUAUUAGGUUGGAGCCGAGACUUUUUCAAAACGUAUUUUUUUUCGGUUCUUCAAGUCCAAUAAAAAACGUAGACGUUGAAAAUUUCAAAAUGGAGAACAGAAAAAAAGAAAACAAAUUAUAGCGGCCAACAGGAAAAAAAUAAAUCGCUUAUUUUUUUGGGUUAUUACCCAAAAAAAUUUGUUUACGGGCUUACAAUAUUCUGCUGCAAUUCCAAAUAGAAAGGAAAAAAGGUAGGGAAAUCGAUAUUCGAGAGAUUAUUUCCCUUUGAAUCUGUGCCCGCGGCUGAGAGAGUUGCCAAAAAACAUGGUUCCAAUGUAAUUCCGGUGCUGUUGCCAGGCUGGAGAGAGAAUGAAGUAACAAGAAUGAAUAAUGGGAAAGGUAUGGCGUUUAGUUUGAACUGAGGCUUUCUGACAACUGAAAACUUUUUUCUAGCGCCUUUUCCCAUAAAAAGUUGUAUUUCGGUCUACGAGCCAAGUAUAGGCACUUUUGUUGCAUUUUUUAUGUCCUAUGUUUUUAAAUGGACACCAGAAACAUACUCGCCAUCAAGAGGAUUUCAAAAAGACGGUUCCGAUAAGAACAAUUGUUUUUUGCAGGGAUUGCCGCCACACGGAAAGCGGUAAACACUCAUCGGAAUUGCCUUGGCGGCAACAGCCGCGUCGCCUUGCGACACGAGCCGUUCCGCGUCAGAAGACUAUUUUCAUAA